AUGACUAAAAUGGAAAAUAAUAUUAAUCAUUUAGUUGAUAAUCUAUCGGCAAAAGAGGAUCGUACGAAUCAAGAAAUAUGUGAUCAUCAAUUAGAAAAACUUCAUACACUUCUAUGUUAUCGUACGACAUGCCGAAGGAAUUUCAGAUUUUAUGCUGAUCGUCUUAGACGUUUAAUUGUUAAAGCUGUAUUAGAUCAAUUACUAUAG